AACUAAAAUCCUUUUACAAAGAAAUUACAUCAUUGUUUUGUUUAUACAUCUGGUAGCACAGUGGGUAUGCAGCCGGCUGCCGCAGAAACUCUUGUAGUGACAAACUUACCGCCGUUUUAGUAGUAAACAAACUGAGUUGAAGAAAAAUAUUCUACCAUUUAACAUACUGCAAAAGGCAAGCAGAAAAUAAUGGCCUUUUAUAACGAGAAUCUUGGUAAUCGAAUAAUGGAGCUGAUGAGUUAUCCCAUACCGGACCGUUGUGUAGAAUUGACGCAGCUGUUCGAGCGUUGCAGUCUACGUGAACUACAGGAUGUGUUCCCGACAAUAGUACAAUCAGUAUUUGGUAUAGGUAGUGGCGGUCUUGGUUGGGGCUUACGUGCGACCACCAAGGAAAAUUCGCCAAUGUGCUUCGAUAUACUGCAUGAGUUCUUCUCACCCAUGGGUCCAAUGUUACGGCUGUGCUAUCGCCUACUAAAUGAGGCUAUAAAAUUUGAAUUCAAUUUGGAUUUGCUACCGCACAAAGUAAGCGAGAUGAUACAAUCUGGCCAAUAUUCACUUUUCUAUGCCGACUUAGUAAACAUUGAUCCAUUCCGUCGACAAGUCACAUCACUUCUACUGAACGCAUUCGAUUAUUAUAUGCUUCACUAUGUUAUACACGCGACAUUUCCACUGCAUAAAUUGUAUCCAGCUGCAUUACAAGUGCAUAAUGAGCGCAUGAAAACGGUAUACUUCUUCUUAACAGCUGAAUAUCUCUGCACUCUUUUGCCGGGUAAUCCAGAUGCAAUCGUUUUUCCGACAAAUAUUUGUACGUCGGUUAAGGCGCCACAACCACUGCAGCCGGUGCAACCGCUGCAGCCGCAACGCUCSCCAAAAUAUUUGAAAAUACCAUCAAACACCAGUUUGUUUCAGGCAGACAGUCCRUCUACGUCAGCGGCGGCUGCAGCGGCUGUGCAGGCCGCACGAAAUUGUGAGUCGCCGCGUACACAUUGCUGGCGCACUGAAUCCGUGCUGCAUUUCUUCAUAGAUACAUGGCUGCGUUAUGACAUCGAUGAGGCACGCGACUUACCAAGCAGCGAAUUUAUACGCGUUGUGCGUAUAUUGGUUAAGCAAGUGCAUACAUUUGCGAAUUCGACGCACUUGGAUCAUACACCAAUGAUGAUGUUACGUAAACUGGCCAAUCCAAUGAUGAAAACACGCAUUUACCCAUUUCUUAAAAGCAUUAUAGGACGCUGGCCACUGGAUAGUUCGUUAUCAGUGGUGCUGGAGUUAUGGCUUAGCUACAUACAACCUUGGCGAUAUCUGUUUGAUGCCCCAAGUGCAGGCUAUUAUGGUGGUAGUGGUGUUAAUGCUGGCAACAGUGUGGCGUCGGGUCCUAGUGGCAAUGAAGUAGCAGUAAGCCAGCGCUUUAGCACAUUCAUAGCGGAGAAUUUGGUCAUAUAUACGCAAAUUUUUGUUUACAUAUUGCCACGUUUCGAGCGCCUAGAUUUCACAACAUUUAGAAAUGUUAUUAUGCUGCAUCGUUUGGUUAAGGUUUUCAGUCAGCCUAACCUGCCGGCAAUGCUUUGCAAAGCAGAGCAAGCAUAUAUAUGUCAACUCGGCACGGAUUCACCAAGAAAGCAUUCAGUUUACGCCAGACAAGGCAAAAACGAAUGGGAUGGCAUUUUCCAUGAGGAAAGCUACACACCACUCUUUGGUCCAGCAGUUAAAUGCGAGAUAGAGCAAGUGAUCAAAACUGUAUGCAUUUCACGUUUAUAUGUGCUGCAAGAAAUCGACAGUAUACGACGCGAUAUUGUGGAGCAACGCAAAGCGCAUAGCUUUUUGCGUAAAAUGUUUGCCAGCAUAUUUGCUGAUGUCUCACCGGCAGAGUUGAAAUUACAAGAAAUUGCCAAAAUACCUGAUGUACUCGAUUUAGCUGUACGCUCAUUGUCCAAUAUGUUCGAUGUACGUUUGCCGGAUAUUACAUUGGAACAAAUAUACGACCGCAGCAGUCCGCAAUUAAAYAUUUCUGCAUACGAUAGUAGUGAUUAUUUGGAUAUAUCAAAAAUUUCACCAAUACAGAUGCAAAACAAUUUAGCGAAUUUAUCAGCGACAAUCGAUCCCGCCACAGUGCCUAUAAAGGAUUAUGAAGUUAAAUUCCUAGUACGCUUUCUGCACAGAAUUUCCUGUCGCUUAAAUGAAAUGUUUGGCAACGAAAUUCAUGCACUUUGGUGUCGCGCAGACUUUGUGGGCAAAAUAGCGCGACAACUUCUGUAUCCGCCCAUGACGCAGCAGUGGUUUGACAAAUCAAGAGGUGUCAGUGAAUUGUGUGAGGAACGUCUACCCGCCCGCAUAUGCCUGCGGCCAUUGGCCUCAUACCAAGUGCUUGGGCUCAUCACAUUUGCCAUGCUGAUCGGUUACUCAUUAUGGCGUGCGCCCAUUUUCGGACUGUUUAUUUUUAUAUUACUAUUUUCUAUAUAUAUCACUAUACUAGCAUUGUUUGUGUAAUUACAUAUAUACAUAGAUAUAUAUCAUAUGUAUAUUUAGCUAAAUAAUUAUUGUCCUUAAUAUCCUCAUGCUCCGUUAUAUUUGAGAUUUCUUAAUAUUUUAUAUAUGUAUGUGUGUUUAAA